GGUGGAGUCGACCAUCGAGAUGCCGAGGCAAAUCAAUCGUUCAUAUCUAUUUAUAUCCCGUAUCAAUUGAAGCAGUUGGCGAAAAAAGGACCAAAAAUAUCUACUUGCUCAGACAUAAUGAUUGGCUGUACAUCUCUUUUGACCCUUGUUCUCGCCCUCGUCAACAAUGCAAGUCUUUGUCUUGCAGACGAUACGCAGGUCGCCAACUUUGACAUCCCGCCGUCUGUAGCUGCAGCACACGAUUGCGAUACAGUAUGCCAGAGGCGUCUCAAUCUCACUAUACCUGCCGACCGUGAUGCUGUAGGCUUGAAGUUUGAUGUGAACUUCUUUGCCACCGCCUCCAACUUUUCCGAGACGGAAACGAAGCCCGGCGAUGUCUUGAAGCUGCAGCCAGUUGACCCCAAGACGCUCCAGAUCAACGGCGGUGCUACCGUCUACCGCUUUCAGUACGCCUCUUCUGACUAUGACAACCGCACCGUUCCUGUCACCGGCUUUAUUGCCUUUCCGUUCACGCCACAUAUGUCGCCGGACACUGAAGACAGCUCAAAGUAUAGACUCGCUGCCUUUGCACAUGGCACCGUGGGUAUCUUUGCUGGCUGCGCACCGUCCAAUGGACCCUUGCUCUAUGACUACGGCACCUGGCAGCAGGUAUUGCAGCGUGGCUAUGCUAUUGUCGCCACGGAUUAUGCUGGCCUAGGCAAUAACUAUACAACUCACAAGUAUCUCCAUCUACCUUCUCAUGCCAAUGACAUCUACUACUCCGUUGUGGCUGCACGCAAGCUCUUUGGGAGCUCGCUGACAGACAACUGGGUUAGCUUUGGCCAUUCGCAAGGAGCCGGUGCGGUGUGGAAGCUUGCGGAGAGUAUGCACGUUCGUAACGAUGCCUCCUAUCUGGGAACUGUGGCAAUUGCCCCUGCUACAUACCUCGCAACGCAGCUUCUCGAGGGAGCUACUAGUCUAGGUAGCGGUGGCGUGACAGGCAUUGGCUUUUUACCUCUUAUCCCAACUGCCGUGCAGCGCGUUAUUACAGAAUACAAGCCAUCGAUUCUCACGCCAGUCAUGCAGAAUCGCGUACAGAUGGCAACUAAGGCACAGCUCUGUCUCGAAGGCAUUCUUGGAUUGUCAAUUGACUUGAACACAACUCAGGUGAUUGAUAUCAGUGGCGCCGCCAAGGAUGUGCCCGUCUUGCAGCAGUUUCAAAACAUGACUGCUCCAGCGCAAGGCGACCACUCUCCAGCACCAAUUCUUGUUAUUCAGGGCCAGAAUGACACUGCAGUAUCAUGGAAGGUGACGGAGAAAGCCUGGGGCGCAUCAUGUGCAGUAGGCAAUGAGGUUCAUCUCCGUGUAUUUCCUACACAGGGGCAUCGGCCAAGUUUGACAGCGGGAGCGCCUGAGUGGCUGGCUUGGAUGGAUGCCAGAUUCUCAGCGCCAGUAACCAAAUCUUGUGCGCGAAAGGGAUGCACAAAGUAUACUCGAGAGCCAUUUAACUUGGCGUUUGUACGUGCGCCAACAGACAUUGAUCUGAAGCCAUAUCUAGGCUAGAAAGCGAACAGACCAUUCAAUACUAUAUUUUGGCUCUCUACCAAAUUCCUCAAUUGGUCCCUAACCUUGUGAUUCUCGCUAUCCUGAAAACACGGUUGUUAGACUGCGAUACAGAUGUCUAAUCACUAUCAUAAUUGAGGCUAAAUUAUAC